AUGUCGUCUGUGGAUAUACUCCAUAGAAAUGCACGUAGGAAGAUGACUUGUUCCGGGAAAAUUAAAAAGAAAAUUGAGGGUGGAAGUGUGAUGUCUAUUCUAACAAACCUAGCUAGAAACGAAGAGCAAAAACAAAUGUCAGGAUUUCUUGGUGGGAACUGGGGGCACCGAGGUGGGGUUUAUAAUUAA